AUGGUCUUCACCAUUAUCGUCAACCUGUAUGCUAAGGACGGCGUCGAGGAGCAGCUACGCGCCAAGCUGGCCGAGGCCGCGCAGACUUACUCCAAGGAUGCCGGCGUUCUCGGGUGGUACCCCAUGCAGAACACCAGCGACGCGCGCAAGUGGACCAUCGUGGAGCGUUACGACGAGGAGAGCAGCGUGACAAAGCACCGCGAACACCCGGACUACAAGGCAUUCGCUGGAGCCUUGCUGGCGCUGCUGGAGAACGGUCAGGAAAGCCUGGAUCUACACCAGUUCAAGGAACCGUAG